AUCUUCCGCGUUGUACCUGCUGCAUCUGUGCGCGCGUGGAGCAGAAGCGAGAGCGCACGGACACGUCCGGUGCACAGGGUGAGAUGCGGCUUGACACUGUGUGUUGAAACAUGGUGAUACAACCCCCUGAAAGAGGAAAUGUGUAUUUCUAUAUGUGAAUCUUCUUUGGAGAGUUGAGUACGAAUAAGGUAAAAUGAAGGACCGACUAUUGGAGAUACAGGGUCUAAAGGUGGAGGAAGAGGAGUCUGGUCCUGAUGAAGAACAUGACUCAAAUGAUGAGGACCUUGAUGAGAUACCUCUGCAGCAGCACGCAGUGGUCUUCCAGGGAGAGGACAUUAUGGAGGGCAUCUACAAGGAGGCCCAGAGUAUGAGGAAAGAGAUGCUCCUUCUUAAAAUGGACGUCAAGCGCCUGGGAAAACAAAAUACCAGAUUCUUGACUUCGGUGCGGCGAAUCAGCAGCAUCAAACGAGACUCCAAUGCUUUAGGAAGAGAUAUCAAAGCUAGGGGGGAAGCCAUCUAUAAACGAUUGGAAAAUUUGAGCAAACAGAGCAAAGAACUGGAAGAACAACACGGCCCAGCUUCAGCUGUGGUUCGAAUGGUGCGGUCUCAGUAUGUGUCUCUAACCAGAGAUUUUCACGAAGCCAUGUCUGAGUAUAACGAAGCUGAGAUGGUCCAGAGGGAAAACUGUAAAACACGGAUACAGCGGCAAGCCGAGAUCAUGGGCAAAGAAGUGACCAGGGAGCAGAUAGAUGAAAUGAUCGAGACCGGAAAGUGGAAUGUUUUUUCAGACAAUCUACUGCUAGAAGGGAGGAGUGCACGAUCGGCCCUGAAUGAAAUAGAGAACAGACACAAGGAGUUACUGGAACUAGAGAGUCGCAUACGAGACAUACAUGAAAUGUUUUUCCAAAUGGCAUUGCUGGUUGAGGAACAAGGAAGCAUGAUAAAUAAUAUUGAGGCAAAUGUGUGUGCGACAGAGGACUAUGUUGCCAAAGCCACAGAGAAGAUCACGCAAGCAGUGAGAUACAAGAAGAAUAAUCCAUGUAAAAAGCUCUUCUGUUGUUGCUUUCCUUGUUGUAAUUAGUAA